AUCACGGCUCGCAACUCCAUCGACGGCUUCCAAGCUGCCCGUAAUUUCCCCGGUCAGAUCUCAUCGCCUUUAAGAGGCGACGUCUUCUUCUCUCAUAACUCGCUCAAUCCCUUCAGAGUUGAAACCCUAACCUCCUGCCCCCACAGCCUCCUUCGUUGUUUCACUUAUACGUAUAUAUAUCCAUUGCCGGCUGGCGGACGGAGGUUUUGUCUUAUUCCGGCGAGCGCGUGACAUUUCCGUUAUAUUUAAUUCAUGUUUUCUACACAACCUGAAACCUAUCGGCUCGGCUCGAAUUCGCCGGAAUUCAGCGCUUCUGCUGCAAUUCAUGGCGUCAGCAGCAUUAGCUUGUCGUAAUGAACUAAGUUGGGCUCAAUCCUGUGCUGCUGCUGGUGGUGGAUUCAUGGGGAACCCUAACUCUCGUCCUCAUUUGAAACCUAGCGCUAAUUCUAACCCGAAGAAGAAACAGAUUUUGCAUCACGGAGUUAACGGCCGUCAGAACGAUGAUUUGCCUGCUGUUAAGCAAACGGCUCCGGACGAUGCGUAUUCGUUCAAUCAGCCGCCUAAGGAAGCAAAUGGCCUCAAUUUUGGGAGCUAUUUAACCUACAACGUCACGUCGUACUCGAAAGCAGAGCUCAGCGAGCUUCGGAAGCGGCUUGGCGCGGAGCUCGAACAGAUUCGGAACCUCAGAGAUCGAAUUGAGUCGGUCUUCAGCACCAGCACUACUAAUCCAAGACCCUACGGGAAGUCUAAGAAAAUGCCGGGGAAUAAAGAGCAGAUAUCUGUUGGAUCUGACAGCGAUCCGAGGAGGUUUUCAAAUAAGAGCGGUGUUGUUUGCGGUGGUAUCGGUGUUAUCGAUGUGGAGAAUAUGAUGAAGGAUUGCAGGCAGAUAUUGACGAAACUAAUGAAGCAUAAAAAUGGCUGGAUUUUUAAUUCGCCUGUAGAUGCAGCCUCCCUGGGUCUUCAUGAUUAUCACCAGAUUAUCAAGAGGCCAAUGGUUGGGACUGUGAAAUCGAAUAUGGUAAAAAAUUGGUAUCAGCCGGUUGAAUUUGCUGCUGAUGUGAGGCUGACUUUCAAUAAUGCGUUGCUGUACAACCCAAAAACGGAUCAAGUUCAUGGAUGGGCUGGCAUUCUUCUGGCUAGAUUUGAGGAGUUAUUUAAACCGAUCCAAGAUAAACUCGUUAAAGUCGAAGUCGAGAAUGAAAGAAAGGAAAUUUUGGGCGUUGAUGAGUUCCAUGGCAGUCAUUGGAAUCACAUUUCGACUCCUGAGAUUGCUAAGAAGCCAAAGCCUAGUCCAAUCCCCAUCCCGAAGAAGGAAGAAAUCUUGCAUAGUCAAUCGAGUGCUUCAACACCAUCAGUUCCGCCACUUCCGUCCAAUCCUCCCUUGCGUAAGCAAUCUCCUAUUCCAGCUCCUUCUGCUAUGACAGCACCAACUGCGAAGCCUAUUCCAGUGAGAGGAACAACAGGGAAACAGCCGAAGCCAAGGGCUAAAGAUCUAAACAAGAGGGAGAUGAGUAUGGAGGAAAAGCAUAAACUUGGAGUUGGUUUGCAGAGUUUGCCUCAAGAGAAGAUGCCCCAGUUGGUGCAGAUUAUAAGAAAGAGGAACGGGCACUUAGCCCAGGAUGAUGAGGAGAUUGAGCUGGACAUUGAAGCUUUGGACACCGAGACACUUUAGCUUGAUCGAUUUUGUAACCAUUGGAAAAAGAUGGUUAGCAAAACAAAAAGGCAAUCUUUGAUUGGUAAUUUGACAGCUCCAACUGCUGCUCCAACCACCUCUAAUACUGAGGCUGACGAGGAUGCUGUCUUUGAGAAGAACGAUUCUACAGAGAAGCCUAAAAGGAUUGAAGUUGGGGAUGAAGAUGUUGACAUUGAUGAUGAUAUGCCUGCAGAGCUUCCCCCUGUUGAAAUUGAGAAGGAUGAAGCUGCUGGCCGAGAGCCUGAUAACCGCAGUAGUAGCUCCAGUAGCUCUGGUAGCUCAUGCAGUGAUUCCUCUUCGAAUAUAGGUUCUGAUUCAGGGAGUUCUUCAGGCAGUGAUUCAGAUGCUGAUGAUGCACAGUCUUGACACUUAUUUAUCUGGAGUUGCAGAGGCUUUGGGCAUCAUGUUUGCUUCCUCUCUAGUCUCUAUGUAUGUGUGUUAUCUAUCAAGGGGGAUAUUUUCCAGAUUGAUAACUAACUACUGUGGAACUUGCUUGGUGGGAUGCAAUGUUGAAAGAUGCAUGCCUUGGGUAGCACUUUGCAGGAGCAGCCAGAAGUGAAGCUCUGGUAUUGAGAAGGCUAUAUUCAUGGUCCACUUUUCAGUGAGAGGUUUAGUUAGCUGAGAUUGCCAAUACCUUUCAUUUCCUAUUCAAUUCUUUCAUAUUCUUGUUUGGGAAAGUGUUGUUUUGGGAGUUUGUUUCAUGUUGGAAAAUUCACCACGAAUCAGAUCAUUUGGGCAGUUUCCCUUCUGGAAGAAAUGAAAUACCUUCUAAGCUAAGAUGCUAGGAUGUCAGAUGGUUGUAUGGUUUCUGGGCAUGAAUUUGGUGGGUGUCUCAUCCUUUAGAACAGUUGGGAGAUGUCCAAAUUCUGGUGGUUGGCUGUCAUCCAAGUUUAGGUUUUGAAUUUAGAUAUAAUAUUCUGUUGUAUACAAGGUGCUAGGACGUCUGUAUCAAAUAGAUUUUCUUGUACCUUAGCUACGGAUAUUCUUUUAACCUUUGAGUUUUGAGAGGCAUAUGUGCCUUUGAGUGAAAUCUGUGUUUUAAUGCAAGUGAAUCCACACUGAACUUUAAAUGAUC